UGGAUAAGAAAGAUCACAUCCUUCCCUUCCCAGACGAGCAAUAGCCUUUCCUCGUUCCCGUCCUGCCCCGCAAUUACUAUUUUGCCCUCGCCGGCGGUGUCGACCAUCCGCCACCGUAGCCGGCGAAAGAGCCGGAAGUAGGCCCAGGACUCUCCCAUGGCGGCCAUAUCGUCGCUCCCCUUCGCUGCACUGCGCCGAGCCGCCGACUGGAGGCCGUCGACGGCCACUUCCGCGGUGGGCAUCUCCGGCGGCGUCGUGCUCAACGCGAGGUCUCGGCGGGGCUCACGCUCGGUGGUGCGCUGCGUCGCCACAAGUGAUAUUCCACCUACUGUGGCGGAUACAAAGUUGAACUUCCUGAAGUCAUACAAGCGUCCUAUCCCAAGCAUUUACAGUACAGUCCUACAAGAACUUUUGGUGCAGCAACAUCUGAUGAGAUACAAAAGUACCUAUCAGUAUGAUCCUGUGUUUGCUCUUGGCUUUGUCACCGUCUAUGAUCAGCUUAUGGAAGGGUACCCUAGCAACGAGGAUAGGGAUGCCAUCUUCAAGUCAUAUGUAACAGCAUUGAAUGAAGACCCUGAGCAAUACAGAGCUGAUGCACAAAAGCUGGAAGAGUGGGCACGCUCCCAGAAUGGUAACUUGUUAGUUGAAUUUUCGUCCAGAGAUGGGGAAAUAGAGUCCAUUCUGAAAGAUAUAUCAGAAAGGGCCCAGGGUAAGGGAAACUUCAGCUACAGCCGGUUCUUUGCAGUUGGCUUGUUCCGUUUGCUUGAGCUCUCAAAUGCAACAGAGCCAACAGUACUAGACAAGCUUUGUGCUGCUCUAAACAUCAACAAAAAAAGCGUGGAUAGAGACCUCGACGUUUACCGCAACUUGCUAUCGAAGCUUGUUCAAGCCAAGGAACUUCUCAAGGAAUAUGUCGAGAGGGAAAAGAAGAAGAGACAAGAGAGACUGGAUACACCGAAACCGAAUGAAGCUGUUGCGAAAUUCGAUGGAAACGCUGUGGCGUGAUGCAUUAACUGAGCCUUUACCAGAGGAGAGCUUUGGACGGAUAACAGAUAUUAACAGUUUACGUCUGGACAGCGUAGAGAAACUAUCAGGGGCAUCUUUGGCUACUCUCUGUGUGGUGUAGCACUCUGCCGUACAAAAAGAUCCAGAUUAUUCGUAGUAUUGAGUUCUGUAUUUUGUAAUUUCUUCAUUUUCUCUGUUCAAAUGUAUCGUUUUCUUCACUUGUUUGACAAUAUAUACGAGGAGGCACAAGCUGAGAAAUUAUAUAUUGUGGUGAAAGGAAAUUAUUUUGCCUUGUUUGUUUA